AUGACAGAUAACAAUGAUAAUCAACAUCAUGUAACUUACGUCUCCUCCCAUCCCCCCGCAGCGUCACUGAUCGACGUCCAGGAAGGCACGACGUUCGCCACGGAGGCCACGGCGACAGUGUUGAGCCUGUCACCAUCUGUCACCUUCACUGGCCACCGGACCGUGUCAGGGCGGGCGAACACCUCCCUCAUCCCGGGGUGGCUGCCUGGGGAAGGCAUACCUUGGUGGUGGUACCUGCUGGCGGUGCUGCUGGGGCUGCUGCUGCUCUCUGCCCUCAUAUUUACCCUCUAUAAGCUCGGGUUCUUCAGGAGGAAGGAGCAGGAGGAGAUGGCCGCCCUCACGGCCAGCCUCACCAAGGCUGACGGGGGAGCCUCUGGGAGUAGUUAGCCUCCCACCCUUUAGCCUCCCACCCGCUGCCUUCACCCUUUAGCCUCCCACCCGCUGCCUUCACCCUUUAGCCUCCCACCCGCUGCCUUCACCCUUCACCCUUAAGCCUCCCACCCGCUGCCUUCACCCUUCAGCCUCCCACCCGCUGCCUUCACCCUUCAGCCUCCCACCCGCUGCCUUCACCCUUCAGCCUCCCACCCGCUGCCUUCACCCUUUUCUAGAAAUCCUCUUCUUUAAAAAACGCUUUUCUAUCGCGAAAAUGAAAAAUUUUUGCCAUUUCAAUUGAGAAGUUUUGAUCUCCUGGUAGCGUUGGUGUCUCGAAGACUUGAAUAAACUCCUUGUGCAAGAGCUGCGUAAGUUGCAGCAUUUUAAUGUUAAGUUCAAUCGGGAAUCUUUAUUUAAUUUAACUACAUUGUUUAGUUCAAUUUAAUUGAUAUGUUGUGCGUGAAGUGAACCUCCACUCCCUAGUCCACAAAUAACCGAGGUUUGUAAGGGUAAAAUUUUACUAGAGUUUUUUUUUU